ACGCCCACUGUUUAGGCCCUGAUGCCACCUGCAGAAAAAAUAAGUCUAAUUCUCUUCGUAUGUGAUCAAGGAUGUUAUAAGUUUAUCAGACGUUCAAACAACACUGUGGUUGAAUCUCCAGGCGCUGGUUCCGCUCACAGAAGGCUCCUCGUCAGGCAGUAUCGACAUGGAGCUGCUGAAGGAACGGGAGAUCCACAGGAGCAGGCUGCAGGGCGGACAGAUCCUGGGAGAGGGCGCUUUUGGACAUGUAGUCAAGGCAACGCUGACACAACCUGAAGACGAAUAUGUAGUGGUAGCUGUCAAGAAACUCAAAGACGAUGAUGACCCCCAGGCCAGACAGGCCCUUUUGAGGGAGACCUGCAUCAUGUUGUUGUGCGGUAACCAUGACAACGUCAUCGGGCUGAAAGGCAUCUGUUUUAGAGACGGUCCGCUCCAACUGGUGCUGGAAUAUGCCGAACACGGGAGUCUCCUGCACCUGCUGUGGACGUUACGUGCGGAGUCCAAACUCAACAGGACCGUUCUGGUCAACAAACGGCACAUCUUCGAGAACAUGAUGGUGGAAGUGUGCUGCGGCCUGGAGCAUCUGGCAAGCAGGAGGCUGGUUCACCGAGACAUCGCGGCCCGGAACAUCCUGAUCUGUGGGAAGGGAACCGCCAAGAUCGCAGACUUCGGGCUGGCCCGGGACAUGUACGCUGUGGGGUACCAUCGGCAGGACGGGGGUAAUGACCUCCUGCCGCUGAAGUGGAUGGCGCCGGAGGGCCUGAAGAACGAGGCUAGGUUCACCCACAAGAGUGACGUCUGGUCCUUUGGGGUUCUGUUGUGGGAAGUGGCGCAGCUCGGCCGUACGCCGUACCCUGGGAUGGAGGGGGCAGACAGACUGUAUGAUGCUCUGCAAAACCACUUCAGACUCCCCAGGCCUCAGUUAUGCACAGAAGGAAGAUACCAGCUGAUGCUGCAGUGCUGGAAGUUUAACGAGAAGACCAGGCCGGACGCCUCGACUGUCAGACAGCAGCUGGAGGCAGAUCCCAAUGGCUUCUUUUACUUCAACGCACCCGUGGCUGCGAUAGAGGCACCAGUUACCUCGGUAUGAGACCAAAAGGGAUGUCAGAAGAAGGCGGGUGACGUCAUUCUGGAAAACAAAGCACAAAAGUGGUCUAGCUAGAUCAUUCCAUUCUUUGCUGCCAUUCAACUUUAUUUCAGAAUAUUCUGGCAGAUAUACAUAUAGAAUACAACACGGUGUAUUCCGUAUCACAGCCCGACCACGGGAAGGAUCGCCCGACGGCCGAAGGCACUUGGUGCCCUCGAACAAACACUGUUACAAUAGCAAUGUUUUAAUGUCCGAAUCAGGCCUAGGUUUUCGAAUUGUCGACCGCGCCGCUCUGGCGUGCGCAGUGUAUGUUCGAAUUAUAUUGUUGUGAUACAACUUCGAA